AUGUCUAGUGCCGCGAGAGUGACCAAAGGAAAUGUGUUCUUGCGAAGUCCAGGAAACCGAAUGAAGCUGCACAUAUCUACCCACUCUCCAUGCGAUACGAUGAUAGCACUAUUAAACAGUAAUGACAGUCUUUUUGGGACACCUUAUGAAAGUUUUGGUCUAAGGAGCGUGUGGAUGCCUGGCACAACGCGAUAUUCCCUCUUGGUGCAAAGAGCAUAUUCCACGCUUAAGCCGAUCAGAAUGUCAGACGACAAGAAAUGUGUGGAUAUACUAGCUGUCUUUAUGCCCCCACGUUCCAGGAGUCAAUGUCCUGCAAGCCCCUUCAUUAUCAGCCAUAGAUCAAGGACCAAACUUAGCGAAGCUAUUCAAUAUAAGACCAACCUGGUAAUCUAUUCUAGGUACGAAAUUUCUCACAAAACCGAUGAUCCAGCAUCACGGCCGCUUCCUAACUUCAGGCUAUUGGAGAUACAAUGGAUUUUACACCGCGACGACUUUCGCGACGAUGACGAUAAUAGCGAUGAUAUUGCAGAAGCACUACGGAAUCGGGAAAUGGCCAACUACAUACUUUGA